CGGUUCCGGUGCGUGCGGCCCAGCUGUCCGGCCUCUGGCCCCGUGCCGUCGUUCCUCUUUACCCGCUGGCUGCCUGACCGGCCGCUCGAAAGAUGUUCCGAAUUGGAUUAAAAUUUCCGUGCAACGGUCUGAAUCGGGUCAAAAAACACGGCCACUGCUCUAGGCUACACCUGAUCGCUAGGUACUACGAGUCGCGAGCGCGCUUCAAGUACGAGGAUGGGAGACUAUGCAGAGAUGUUAGGUUUAUAUCCAGGUUUACUGGACCAAAGUAUUCGACCGCACCACCAAAAAGUGACAAGAGUCAGGGAUCGGGAACGCUAAUAACUCUAGGCGCUGUAACCAUAGGUACUUUAGGAAUACUAACAUACGCAAAACGAGACCCAGAGUUUCGAGCCACCCUUGAAGGCUGGAUUCCUGGCACAGACAAAGCUGUCCGGGUUAUCUUUUUGGAAGAUUCCAAUUACCUCGAUGCUGUAUUUACGUUCUUCGAAACAUUAAAACAGACGAUAUUGGGCGUGUUCAUCAAGGAAACGACACCAGAAUCAGGUCAGACAAGAAUACAGUACACAAAAGUUGUAGAAUACAUACCACCCAAACCAGCUUUUAAACCACUGGUUGAGCAAAAAGAAGUGCCUAUUAACAAAAAUUCCGAAAAAAAGAAUGCUGAAAUUCGUGUUAGUAAAGAGAAGGGCGAAAAAGUUGAUGUUGUGGUUGAGAAGACAUCGUCACCUCCUAAAACUGUACGUGAUGAACUGAUACCGCAAAAUCUCAUUGAGUUAGAAACAUAUUGUGGUGAAGCUGCUGCUAAAGCUAUCACAGCCUAUCACAAGGCAGUGUCCGCACUUGAAGAAUACAAUCGAGAUGUCAUUAAAGUGAUUGAAAGCGCUGGCACUACGAUAAACGCAGCUGUCUGGCAGAGGUUAAAGGAGGCAACGGAACAGAGGAAACAGUCCGUACAGGAGGCGGAACAACAUGCGAAAGAUGCGUUAGAUUCGCUUAAGCGCAUGUUCAAUCUAAUUGAUGAUCCUUUACUUGAAGCAGCCGCUCAUAUGAAAACAGCUGCGAAGCGGAAUAUUAGAAAAGUUAUGGACGAUGUGGACGAAGCUAAAAAAAAAUACACUGAGGAGUUGCAGAGCAGUAACAUCGUGGAGCGCUACUGGAAGCAGGUUCACACAGCGCGGGAGAACUUUAACGAAGAAUUGCAAAUCCUAUUUCCCAAUAUAAAUAUUCAUGAUAGGAAGCUGUCUGUCAGCGAAGAAGCUUUUGAUUUAUUCGUUCUGCAUAUGUAUCACAAAGUUAACAAUUUGCAAAAAGAGCUUGAGAAAUUGAGAACGAUCAAUGAAGCUAAAGUGAAAACGGCAUUGAGGGCGACGGGUGAUGAUGCAACUCAAGAAAAGUUGGACGCGCUGAUCGGCCUCGCGGUUGACCAGGAAAGACUCGCGCUUGAAGAUAAGCACGCGAAAAAGCUGCUGACAGAGCAGAAGAAGCUCGACGACGAGAUGCGGCGGCAGCUGAAAUUGCAGUCGGAGAUACACGCCGAUCAUCUUCGAGAGGCACUUUCGGUCAAAGAGCAGGAAACGCAAAGGAUGCUGCAGCGCGCGCUCAACGAGCAAGCCGACGCAGACUCCAUAAAGUAUAAGACACAGCUCGCAGAGGUAGUUGGAAGGUCACGUGCUGUCACAACGGCUCUCAAAGCUCGUAUGGAGGAGGAGAAGGGUGCAUCGAAUGUACAGAUCCUUUGGGCGGCCUGUCAAGCUUUGGCCAGGACAGUAAAAAUCAUGCCGCUAGGUGCACCAAAGGAUAAACCAAUUAAACCGUUAGAAUCCGAAAUGAAGGCCGUCGUCAAGGCAGCACCGAAGGAGGAUCCCCUGGUGUGCGCCGCUAUCCAGAGCAUUCCCGAGGAGGCGGCCAAAAGAGGCGUAUUCGCGGAAGAUACUCUCCGCGAGAGGUUCCUCAAGGUAGAGAGCGUGGCGAGAAGAUUAGCUAUGGUGCCUGAAGGCGGUGCAGCUCUACCUAUAUAUCUUCUUAGUUAUCUUCAAAGUUUCUUGAUCAUCAAAACGGCCAAUCCAAUUCCGAAAAGGGAGCUCGAAGACGAGCCAAUCGACGUAGACUCACUGAAUACGUACGACAUACUCCAGCGUGCCAGAUACUGGCUGGAUCGCGGCGACUUUAAAAUGACCCUGAGGUACAUGAAUCUACUCAAGGGUGCAUCGAGAAGCGUCGCCAGCGACUGGAUGAACGAGACUAGGAUCCUGCUGGAGACACAGCAGGCAAUUGACACCCUGCUGGCAUACGCAGGUGCGACUGGUCUCAUAUAUCUUGGCGCCGGUGAUCCUGCCAAGCAGAAGUAAAGCGGGCAGAGCGUAGAAAACUGUUCCGAACCACGAAACGGGGGCGUCCAUAGAAAAACGGGGCGGGGAUGAACAGGGAGGGGAACAGGGAGAGACGGAGUUAACCGACAACAGUGAAGAAACCGAAGGAAGACAGAACACAGAAAUAUCGCUGCCAGCCUUGUAUAGUCAACAAUAUAUCUUUUCUAGCAAUUAAAAAAAUAUAGAAUACCGUAUCCAGCGGGAGAGCCGAAUACAGUGAGACACUUUUCUUUUUCAACCCCAUGAUGAUCGUUGCACGUAAACAUACUUUCGCGCGCAUUAAGAUACCGCUUUCAGAACUCGAUUUAAAAAUUUCAAUAGAAGAUACAUGUGAAAGAGGAAUUCCAAAUAACUGGGAUAUAGAUUUCGAGAGUGUGCCGUUGAACGGAACCGUGAUACGAAAUUUGAUGCUGUGAAAUAUUUUAUUUCCGAUAAUAUUUUAUUUAAAUAAACAUUUUAUCUGAUAAAUUCGCUUCUCUCAUCACGCCGAGUUUUUUCUAUUCAGGACGGAGCCCAAAGAUUUGACAUCCUGCCAAAGUAAUCCGUGUGCGAAAGUCGGUGUAUGCCAAACAUUUAUUUUUACUCGCUGCUAUUCCGCCCAACGGCUCGAGUAACGAAUCGACGGAGUAGAAAGUUACCGGACGCAGUGUAAAUACCAGAGGCAAUUUUAUUUUAAGGAGGGCGGUAUAGAAAAGCGUUUAAUCGCGUCCUACAUUUUAUCUCGCAGCGCGCCACGCACGAAUACUUAAAAUUUUUUUUUACGAUUGACACGUGCAGCGCGCGUCGUUCAGCUACGUUUUGCACGCGUGUCAGAAUUGCCGUUUCGGAUUUGCAUUUUCACCCGAUGCGCGUACAUUUGCCGAACUUUCCUCGAGCUGAUUCAUCUAUCCAUCCAUCCAUCUAUCUAUCCAUCUAGGAUUGAGUACCUUUUGCUUUAUAACCGGAUAUUACUCUUCCUCCCGCGCUCCGUACUCUCGUCACUCGUAUCGCAUCGAUCGUUGCGCGUGUCGCGUGCCGUUACCUCGUCUUUCGCCUCUCGAAACUCGAAACCUCUUCGCGAUUUCGGACGGGACGGCGAAGCUUGCUAGAUAUGAUUGUAAAAAUUGGAAAUAAAAUUGUUUUUCGUGAUGUAA